GUUUCUGCCCUUAACGACUAAACAACACGAGAGAUGGACUACAAAGAACAGGUUGAGCAGGUUGUAUCCACCGCGCAAUUCGGAGAUUUGAUCGAGUUCUCGUACCCCAUUGGCUACGCACACUGGGGCGUGUACGACGGAGAUGGAUACGUCAUUCACUUUGCGGUUGCCGAUGAAACUCAGGUGAUGGGUACGUUUCGAAAUUGUCUGCAGGCUAUCUUCCCUGUUUGUGGUGAUCUUUUGCUUGGAGAAACUAAGAUUCGGCGUCAGCUCCUGUCUGAAGUUAAUGUGCCAAAAGGAGCUCGUGUUUCAGUGAGCAAUAACCAGCACGCUCUCGAGCCUUCACCUGUGGAUGAAAUUAGAAAACGACGAGAUGCUUUACUGGACAAAGAGUUUACUUACAAAAUCUUCACACACAAUUGUGAGCACUUUGCCACAUUUGUCCGCUCCGGUAAAGCUAUGUGCAAUCAGAUUCCAGGGAAGCCCAAAAACAAGGAAUGUGUGGAAUCUACACAAUUAUUUAGCUACCUUGUGCCAUCGAGUUAACCUACUGAAUACCAACAACUACAGAUUAUCACAAUAAUAAUAUAUUAUGUUUGAUUAAGGAUAUUUCUCACACACUCGUUAAACCAGUUAAGAUUCCUGUUUGAUGUAAUUGAAAAGGGUUCUUCACACUGAUCUGUAAUAGUAUAUAGAUCAGUGGUUCCUCACUUUCUUCAGUGUGCCUGCAGGUCUUGUUAGGUCUCCUAGCCUUGUCAAGCUGGUCUGUUGGCUGGUUUUAAAAUGGUUUUGGGUUCAGGCCAGGAGACCAGCUUGGUUAUGCAGGAAGACCAUAUAUACCAGCUAAAACCUAUACCAGCUUACACCUGCUUUUUUCAGCAGAAAUGCUGUCAAAAUGUACAUUGAAUGUUUAGUAAAGGUGUUCUGAUGUUUCUGACUGUCCUUUUCACAUUUCUAACUAAUAUGGCACAUAAUAGCCUAUUACCAGUUUACACCACAAACACCAUUAAAUUGCUUGACAAGUGCAGAUUUAUUUCCUGUGCUAAUGCAUUGUGUAUUACAACAGAAAGUAUGGGAAAUAUCUAAGAGUUCAUCUUUUUUGAAUAGCCAACACCCAGCAAACACCGAACAUUCCCCUAAUGUUAGCAUAUGGUUCCGGUUUAAUUCUUUUUUUUUUUGGGUCCAAAUAAUGUU